GGCUCUGGAACCUGACCACGGGGCGUUGAUGACCCUGGCAGCUGCUGCCCAUCAGCAAUGAAAGGCUUAUCGGGCAGCCGCAGCCAUCACCACGGAGUCACCUGUGAUUCCACCUGCGAUUCACUGUCGCACCACUCAGACCGCAAGCCCUACCUGUUGAGCCCCGUGGACCACCACCCGGCCGACCACCCGUACUACACGCAGCGCAACUCCUUCCAGGCCGAGUGUGUGGGCCCUUUCAGCGAUCCGCUGGCCAGCAGCACCUUCCCGCGGCGCCACUACACAUCGCAGCAGGAGCUCAAGGACGAGUGCGCCCUGGUGCCCCGCACCCUGGCCGCCAAGGCCAACCGCCUGCCGCCCAACCUCCUGGACCAGUUCGAGCGGCAGCUGCCCCUCAACCGGGAUGGGUACCACACGCUGCAGUACAAGCGCACAGCGGUGGAGCACCGCAGCGACAGCCCUGGGCGCAUCCGCCACCUGGUCCACUCGGUCCAGAAGCUCUUCACCAAAUCCCACUCGCUGGAGGGGCCGUCCAAGGGCAGCGUCAACGGGGGCAAAGCCAGCCCCGACGACACCCAGACCAUGAGGUACAGCAAGCGAGGCAAGAGCAAGGAGCGGCGCGCCGAACCCAAAGCGCGCGCCCCCAGCUGGUGGAGCUCGGACGACAAUCUGGACGGGGACGUGUGCAUCUACCAUGCGCCGUCCGGCGUCAUGACGGUGGGCCGCUGCCCCGACCGCUCGGCCUCGCAGUACUUCGUGGAGGCCUACAAUACCGUCAGCGAGCAGGCUGUCAAGGCCUCGCGGAGCAACAACGAUGUCAAGUGCUCCACCUGUGCCAACCUGCCCGUCAGCCUGGACGCCCCGCUGCUGAAGAAGAGCGCCUGGUCGUCUACGCUCACCGUCAGCCGCGCGCGCGAGGUGUAUCAGAAGGCCGCGGUCAACGUGGACCAGGCCCUGGUGAAGGCCGAGGCGCGCCAGCAGGAGCGGUCCUGCCAGUACCUACAGGUUCCCCAAGAUGACUGGUCAGGAUAUAAUCCUCGUGGUAAAGAUGAUGAAAUUCCAUGCCGGAGAAUGCGGAGCGGCAGCUAUAUCAAGGCGAUGGGGGAUGAAGACAGUGGCGAUUCAGACACUAGUCCCAAGCCUUCUCCCAAGGUUGCUGCAAGGAGAGAAAGCUAUCUCAAAGCCACCCAGCCAUCCCUUACAGAACUCACCACGCUCAAGAUUUCCAAUGAACACUCACCCAAACUCCAGAUCCGGAGCCACAGUUACCUGAGGGCAGUCAGUGAAGUCUCCAUCAAUCGGAGCUUGGACAGCUUGGACCCAGCAGGUCUGCUUACAUCACCCAAGUUCCGCUCCAGAAAUGAAAGCUACAUGCGAGCCAUGAGCACCAUCAGCCAGGUGAGCGAGAUGGAAGUGAACGGCCAGUUCGAGUCGGUGUGUGAGUCUGUGUUCAGUGAGCUGGAGUCGCAGGCGGUGGAGGCCCUGGACCUGCCGGUGCCCGGCUGCUUCCGCAUGCGGAGCCACAGCUACGUGCGGGCCAUCGAGAAGGGCUGCUCACAGGACGACGAGUGCGUGUCCCUGCGGUCCUCGUCUCCACCACGCACCACCACCACCGUGCGGACCAUCCAGAGCAGCACAGUGUCAUCUUGCAUUACAACAUAUAAGAAGACACCACCUCCAGUCCCACCCAGAACUACCACGAAACCUUUCAUUUCUAUCACAGCCCAGAGUAGCACAGAGUCUGCCCAAGAUGCCUACAUGGAUGGACAGGGCCAACGAGGAGACAUUAUCAGCCAGUCUGGACUCAGCAACUCCACAGAGAGCCUGGACAGUAUGAAGGCUCUUACAGCUGCCAUCGAAGCUGCAAAUGCCCAAAUCCAUGGCCCUGCGAGUCAGCACAUGGGCAAUAACACAGCCACUGUCACCACCACGACCACCAUAGCCACCGUCACUACGGAGGACAGAAAGAAGGAUCACUUUAAGAAGAACAGAUGCCUGUCUAUUGGGAUACAGGUCGACGACGCUGAAGAACCUGACAAAACAGAUGAGCACAAAGUGCCCAGUAAGUUCCAGUCCGUAGGAGUGCAAGUAGAAGAGGAGAAGUGCUUCCGCAGAUUCACGCGUUCCAACAGUGUGACCACAGCAGUGCAGGCGGACCUGGACUUCCAUGACAAUCUGGAAAAUUCUCUGGAAUCGAUAGAGGACAAUUCAUGUCCCAGCCCCAUGGCCAGACAGUUCUCCCGGGAUGCCAGCACCUCGACAGUGAGCAUCCAGGGCUCGGGAAACCACUACCACGCCUGUGCGGCCGACGAAGACUUCGACGCUGAUUUCGACCCCUCCAUCCUGCCUCCCCCGGACCCUUGGAUUGACUCUAUCACUGAGGACCCUCUGGAGGCCGUCCAGAGGUCUGUGUGUCACCGGGAUGGCCACUGGUUUUUGAAGUUGCUCCAGGCAGAGCGGGACCGCAUGGAAGGGUGGUGCCAGCAGAUGGAGCGAGAACAGCGGGAGAACAGCCUGCCCGAGGACAUUCUAGGGAAAAUCCGAACUGCAGUGGGCAGUGCCCAACUCCUCAUGGCCCAGAAAUUCUACCAGUUCAGAGAACUGUGUGAAGAAAACCUGAAUCCAAAUGCGCAUCCAAGGCCCAGCUCCCAGGAUUUGGCGGGGUUCUGGGACAUGCUGCAGUUGUCCAUAGAAAAUAUUAGUAUGAAAUUUGAUGAACUCCAUCAGUUAAAGGCCAAUAACUGGAAACAGAUGGAUCCUCUUGACAAGAAGGAGAGAAGGGUCCCUCCUCCGGUGCCAAAGAAGCCGGCCAAGGGCCCCGCGCCGCUGAUCCGGGAGCGCUCGCUGGAGAGCUCGCAGCGCCAGGAGGCCCGAAAGCGCCUGAUGGCCGCCAAGCGCGCCGCGUCCGUCCGCCAGAACUCGGCCACCGAGAGCGCGGAGAGCAUCGAGAUCUACAUCCCCGAGGCGCAGACGCGGCUCUGAGCCGCCCGCCCCGCCG